GAAGAGUGCUCUUUUCCUCAUCUCACGCUCUCUCUAGCCCUCUCUAUUCUCUUCCUCGGCUCGGCGACUGAUCUCUCGCCUUUUUCCCCUCCUCGAUUUCCCUGCACACUUGGAACUCGGAGCUCGCGGCAUUUGGAUCCGAGCAGCGCUCCGAGAAAGGGAGGACGGUGAUUUUGGAGAGGUUGUGGACUGAAUCUGUAGCCGGAGAAGAGGAAUCGAGACCAAGUUUGGUGGAUCCUGGAGGCAUUGAGAGCAGUCUGUGAGUUUGACUCGCUUUUUGGUGGAUUUGGAUCGGAUGGGUGAAUGAAAGGUCUCUGCUUGGAGAGAAUGGGUGCGGGGUUCGAUUCGGUCGGGGUGGAGCGGAGGAGGAGGUGCUAAAGAUUGAUUCGUGGUGGAAGGGAUGGCGGCGGCCGCGGCGGUGGAUCAUGGCAGGACGGGCCCUGUCGAGAGGGAUAUCGAGCAGGCUAUCACCGCUCUUAAGAAAGGAGCAUACUUGCUCAAGUAUGGACGCAGAGGAAAGCCUAAAUUUUGCCCAUUUAGGCUGUCUAAUGAUGAAUCGGUAUUAAUAUGGUUCUCGGGCAAAGAGGAGAAACACCUCAAAUUAAGCCAUGUCUCCAGAAUCAUGCCUGGACAACGCACUGCAAUAUUUCAGAGGUACCCACGGCCUGAGAAGGAGUGCCAGUCAUUUUCUCUUAUCUAUAAUGAUAGAUCAUUGGAUCUCAUCUGCAAGGAUAAGGAUGAAGCUGAAGUGUGGUUUGCUGGUCUUAAAACACUGAUAUCACGAAGCCAUCACCGGAAAUGGAGAACCGAAUCUAGAAGUGAUGGAGUGUCUUCUGGUACUAAUAGUCCAAGAACGUACACCCGUAGAAGUUCACCUUUGAGCUCUCCUUUUGGUAGCAGUGAUAGCAUGCAGAAGGAUGGCAGUGAAACCCUUCGACUUCGAAGUCCAUAUGAAAGUCCACCGAAGAAUGGCUUGGACAAGGCAUUUUCUGAUGGUCUGUUAUAUGCUGUGCCUCCUAAGGUUUUCUUUCCUUCAGAUUCUGCUAGUGCAUCGGUGCACUCUUUGUCAUCAGGAUGCUCAGAUAAUGCAAACGGGCAUACAAGGGGCAUUAUGAUGGACACUUUUAGGGUAAGCCUGUCAAGUGCUGUUAGCUCAUCAAGUCAAGGCUCUGGUCAUGAUGAUGGUGAUGCUUUAGGUGAUGUUUUCAUAUGGGGUGAUGGAACCGGGGAUGGAAUUCUAGGUGGUGGUGGUCCUAGGGUUGGAAGCUGUUCAGGCAUUAAAAUAGAUUCGCUUGUUCCAAAAGCCUUAGAAUCUGCUGUAAUACUUGAUGUUCAAAACAUAUCUUGUGGUGGCAGACAUGCUGCACUUGUCACUAAACAAGGAGAGAUCUACACUUGGGGAGAGGAAUCGGGGGGCAGGCUUGGACAUGGAGUAGAUUCUGAUGUGGCACAACCAAAACUCGUUGAUGCUCUCGUCAAUAUGAAUAUUGAACUUGUAGCAUGUGGGGAGUAUCAUACAUGUGCUGUUACACUCUCUGGAGACCUCUACACAUGGGGUGAUGGUACUUUUAAUUUUGGGCUUCUUGGGCAUGGAAAUGAAGUGAGUCAUUGGGUCCCAAAAAGGGUUCAUGGGCCUUUAGAGGGCAUACAUGUUUCAUCAAUUUCUUGUGGACCUUGGCAUACAGCUGUUGUAACCUCUGCUGGACAAUUAUUUACUUUCGGAGAUGGGACUUUUGGCGUUCUAGGUCAUGGAGAUCGCAAAAGUGUCUCAGUGCCUAGGGAAGUAGAAUCCCUCAAAGGACUACGCACAGUGCGAGCAGCUUGUGGUGUUUGGCAUACUGCUGCAGUUGUUGAAGUUAUGGCUGGAAAUUCUAGUUCUAGUAACUGUUCUUCAGGGAAGCUGUUUACAUGGGGGGAUGGAGAUAAAGGCCGCCUAGGACAUGGUGACAAAGAACCAAGACUUGUGCCUACUUGUGUGGCUGCCUUGGUUGAACCAAACUUUUGUCAAGUUGCCUGCGGGCACAGCCUAACUGUAGCACUUUCGACCUCAGGCCAUGUCUAUACAAUGGGUAGUACUGUUUAUGGUCAACUUGGGAGUCCUCAGGCAGAUGGAAAGCUCCCUGUCCGGGUUGAAGGUAAGCUACUAAAGAACUUCGUGGAGGAGAUAUCAUGUGGGGCAUAUCAUGUUGCUGUCCUAACUUCAAGAACUGAAGUGUACACUUGGGGUAAAGGUGCAAAUGGCCGAUUAGGUCAUGGCGAUACUGAUGAUAGGAAUACCCCAACACUGGUUGAAGCUUUAAAAGAUAAACAAGUCCGAAGUGUUGUUUGUGGCACCAACUUUACUGCAGCAAUCUGUAUUCAUAAGUGGGUGUCUGGUGUUGAACACUCUAUGUGCUCAGGCUGCCGCCUGCCAUUUAAUUUCAAGAGAAAACGCCAUAAUUGCUACAACUGUGCACUUGUCUUUUGUCAUUCCUGCAGCAGUAAAAAGUCUCUUAGGGCUUCUAUGGCACCAAAUCCGAACAAACCAUAUCGUGUCUGUGACAGCUGCUUUAACAAGUUAAGCAAGUCUUUGGAAGCUGAUUCAUCAUCUCAUUCUGCAGCAACUAAAAAGGGUAGUGUAAUUCAGGGGUUCAGUGAAAUGAUUGAGAAGGAGGAUAAGUUGGAUCCUAGAUCACACAUACAAAUCUCUAGACUAUCUUCAAUGGAAACAGAAAGCAGAUCUUCCAAGAGAAACAAGAAAUUUGAAUUCAAUAGCAAUCGUGUAUCUCCCAUCCCAAAUGGAAGUUCACAUUGGAGUGCCCUUAACAUCUCAAAAUCACUGAAUCCAGUAUUCGGAACAUCAAGGAAGUUCUUUUCUGCUUCAGUUCCUGGAUCAAGAAUUGUUUCUCGUGCAACUUCACCAAUAUCAAGAAGGCCCAGCCCCCCUCGUUCUACAACACCAACACCAACUCUGGGAGGGCUUACAUCUCCAAAAGUCACUGUUGAUGACGCAAAAAGGACAAAUGAUAGCCUAAGCCAAGAAGUUCUUAGGUUAAGAGCUCAGGUAGAGAAUCUUACACGCAAGGCCCAGCUUCAAGAAGUUGAGUUGGAAAGAACAACCAAACAGUUGAAGGAGGCUAUUGGAAUUGCGGGGGAAGAAACUGCAAAGUGCAAGGCAGCAAAAGAAGUUAUAAAGUCACUUACUUCCCAAUUGAAGGAUAUGGCUGAAAGGUUACCCAUUGGAGCAGCCAGAAACAGUAAACUCCCUUCAUUGGCAUCCUUCAAUAACAAUCCUGCUUCAAGUGAUAUUUCAGCUGCAGCUGUUGAUCAGAUGAGUAGUCCUUCCACUUCAUCUCAUGAACCAGAGUCAAAUGGUUCAAAUGGAUUGUUGGUUUCUAAUAGAGCCAGUUCCAUAAGCAACCGGAGCAAAGUAGGUCAUUCAGAAGCAGUAAGGAAUGGAAGCAAGGUGACAAAUGCUGACCCCCAUCAAGAGUCUGAAUGGGUUGAGCAAGAUGAGCCAGGCGUAUAUAUUACCCUCACUUCUCUACCUGGGGGUGUCAAAGAUCUCAAAAGGGUCCGGUUCAGUCGGAAGCGGUUCAGUGAGAAACAAGCUGAACAAUGGUGGGCCGAGAACCGGGCAAGGGUAUAUGAGCAGUACAACGUGCGCAUGGUUGACAGGUCUGCCUCGAGUGUUGGGAAUGAUGAAGGAUCUCAUUGAAAUUGACUUGCAAGUAUUGGUUCCCUAAAUUGGAGCCAAGCUGCAGAAAUGAGGAAGCUCUCACUGAUUGAAUGGUUGUAAAUGUGGGUAUAUUUUAUUUUGCCCUAUGAAAGAUUGGAGGGCCCUGAUAUAAGAUGUGGUUGGUAUUCUACAUGAUUUUUUCCCCCUUAUUGUAUGGAAAAAUAGAGUGGGUUUGAGCAUGAGGAAUGUAAAUUCACAUUAGGCAGCUGGCAAUAUCCUGCCUUGUAAAUUCAUAAGCAAGUGCAUCGUCUCUCGUCCCUUCUGUUUUCCUUUUUUCUUCUUUCAAUAACCAAUGAAAGGAAGGCACAUGGUUUCGGUGGUCGAGCUGCUGAAAAUUUGCACAAGAGUGGGCCUGUGCAUUGGUUUUUCAGCUGCAAGAGCUUCAUGAAGAUUUUGUCUUUUGAUAAGUUGUAAUAGAAAAACAGCUGCCUUGAUUGCUGAAUUUAGACAGUACUUUUGAUUCACAAAAUCUGAUAAUGAUUGGCUGUGAUGUCUCUUAUAAAAAUGAAAUAAAUUAGAAUUAAAAAGAAUCACUGGAUUAGAUGA